UGGCGGCGCCUGUUGCGCACCGGAGCGGCGCGGGGUUCCGGUCCCAUGACCCCCAUUUCCCAGCAGCCCCUGCGGCGCGCUCUCCCUUCUCUUCCGGCCCGGCGGCGGUGCCAGUGGUGCGACCAUGGCCAAGUCGAAGAACCACACCACGCACAACCAGUCCCGUAAGUGGCACAGAAAUGGCAUCAAGAAACCCAGAUCCCAUAGAUAUGAAUCUCUCAAAGGGGUUGAUCCCAAGUUUCUGAGGAACAUGAGAUUUGCAAAGAAACACAACAAAAAGGGGCUGAAGAAGAUGCAGGCCAACAAUGCCAAGCAGGCUGCUCAGCAGAAAAAGGACUGAUGUGGUUUAAGACAACAGAACCAGUUUUCCUAUUGGCAUGCAUGUCACAGCAUUUUUAUAAAAAUAAAAUUGGACAUAACAAAGUC